AUGGAAGAUUCUAUGGACAUGGACAUGAGCCCUCUGCGGCCCCAGAACUACCUUUUCGGUUGUGAACUAAAGGCCGACAAAGAUGAUCACUUUAAGGUGGAUAAUGAUGAAAAUGAGCACCAGUUAUCUUUACGAACGGUCAGUCUAGGGGCUGGAGCAAAGGAUGAGCUGCACAUUGUCGAAGCAGAGGCCAUGAAUUAUGAAGGCAGUCCCAUUAAAAUAACACUGGCAACUUUGAAAAUGUCUGUACAGCCAACGGUUCCCCUUGGCGGCUUUGAAAUAACACCACCUGUGGUUCAGGGCCUGUGCAUAUUAGUGGACAGCACUUAG